AUGAAGCAAUCUGGUGCUGCUUUCAUACACGGCCGUGUGUAUACUGUAAAUGACAGACGGCCAUGGGCCGAAGCCUUUAUUGUUUCCCCAUCCGGGCGUUUUGAGGCAGUCGGAACCGACCAAGCGAUCCAAGACCUGGCUGACGAGCAUGGCCUACCCAUCUACGAUCUUGACAAUAAAUUCGUCAUGCCAGGAAUACACGACGCACAUACCCACCUCCUAGUAGCCUCGAUGCAGAAAAUGAGCGAAGUUGACAUUGGAUCAGAUAGCACCGCUGCAACUAUUGCCGAGAACAUCAAGAGAGGACAGACCACUUGUGCCUGUGCACAAGCUCAUUUCAGAGGUGAUUGGCUCAUUGCAAACUUUUACGCAGGACAGAACUUUCCAGAUGGAAAGAUGGAUCGAAAAUAUCUUGACGAUACCUUUCCUGAGCAGCCGGUGCUUGUUCGAGAUGUCUCCUGUCAUAAUGUCGCCCUUAACACCGCAGCUCUCAACCGCGUUGGGUAUGGCGCUGAUGUUGAGGAUCCCCCUGGAGGAAAGUACAUGCGGAGGCCGGAUGGCCAGUUGACUGGGGAGUUGGUGGAAGCAGCAUCAGCUGAGGUCUUGGCGAGCCUGCCUCAGCCAUCUGUGUCGUUCGUCAAGGAAGCUCUUAUCUAUGGGAUCAAGAUGUCUCACAAAUUUGGUAUCACUUCACUACAAGAGGCGUCUGCUAACACACUCUAUCUUCACGCCCUUCGAGAGCUGGACAAUGAAGGACGACUGGACAUGCAGGUUUUCCCUCACAUUGUUCAUGCACCGGAGAGCUUUGCUCAGGAGAGAGCCGAAAGCCUUCAUCGGCUCAUCGAUGAUGCUGAUGUGUUUUGUAGUCAACACAUUGAUGCAAGGUUUGUCAAGUUUUGGAUGGAUGGAGCGCCCAUACCGCCUCACUUCACGCAGUGCGACAUUGGAGCAGAUGGACUUCCCAACGAGGACAGGCUACUGCUUACAUUCGAAGAGCUGUUGUCAGCUUUGACAAAGCAUGAUGCAAGAGGGUUGACAUGCAAGAUUCACUGUGCCGGUGAUGGCUCUGCAAGGCGAGCACUGGAUGUUCUUGAGCGAGUUCGACAGUCAAACCCUUCAGGCCCAGUGCAUGAGCUGGCACAUUGCAACGCCAUUCACCAAGAUGACAUUUCCCGAAUGGCAGAUUUACGAAUUACGGCCGAAAUGUCACCCGCGAUAUUUCAUAACACAAAUCUCACAGCUAACUAUCCCCACAUCUUCAAAUGGCCGUUCAAGGAACUCCAGGAUGCUGGCGUCCAUGUCACCGUAGGUUCCGACUGGUUCUUGACCGACACGCCAGACCUAUUCCCAGCCCUAUCGGCCGUCGUGGAGCGCUUUGGUACGCAAGAGGGCAAGACGACGAAAGAGAUUGGAGGUGCAAAGAUCUGUCGUAUCAUAACGCUAGCGGGUGCUGAGGCCGUAGGCAAGGCUUCGGAGAUGGGAAGUAUUGAGACAGGAAAGAAGGCGAAUUUCAUUGCGGUUGAUCGGGACUUGAGUCGUGGUGAGUUUAGUGGAGCGAAAGUGCUGAAGACGUGGUUUGAGGGGAGGGUGGUUUGGGAAGAUACAAACAAUACGGCAUCUAUUUAG